AUGAAGGAGAUCGAUGAAAUGCGACACCAGUUUUGGAAGGCAAAGACACUGGUAGAAAGAGCCGUUAGUGUGGUGGAUGCAGCAAAUGCCCAGGUGGCAUUGGGAGGAAUGUAUGUGUCUAAAUCACAGACACAACUUCUAGCGCGGGAGGAAUUGGAAAAGUCAAAAGAGAAAGAGGAAGGUGGACGUAUCAAGGGAACGUUCGGCCGCGUUGUGACACAUGAAGGUUUUCUGAGGGAUCAAGCUGAGCACACUCAACAGAGGCUGGAUGAGGCCGAGCUGGAGAAGCUGAAGGAGGAGGCCAAGGAGGGAUGGAGAAAGUUCAAUGAGACACAGAAAGCAGAGGUGGCGAAAUGGUGA